AUGUCUUCACACAGUCCACAUAUCAACACUCUGCCACCGCCCAGAGAACAUGCCCUUUCCAGAUAUUUAAACAAUCGGCCAUUCCUCUACAUCAAGCGUGGAGCUAUUGCAGCAUCCUACCCCAUUCGCGGCAUCUGGUACUUCACCCGGAACAGAGAAUUUUGGCCUCUCCUGUUUGGCAGGCUAGUGCCUCUGUCUCUGAUCUCAUUCUUUGUAUACUUCGUCCUAUUCUCGUUCGCGUUUCUUCCGCAGUUCUUAUUCCUAGCUAUCUUUCAAGGCUGGGGCGCCUGGUUUAAUGCCGUUGUCCUCGUGUUGGGCGAGGGGUUGGUGAUUGUUCAGGGCUUGUUUGAAGGCUUCUUUGUCGAUGAAUGUCGAGUGGAUGUUUUUGACGCCACGCUUAUCAAGCUCUCGCUGAAGGAUCUGAUUUCUCCUCAUCGCCUUCUGUUUGAAGAUGCCCCCGAUGCAGUCAAAAUGCUGGGGAAGCCAACGAGCCCGGCUAGCUUCAAUCCAUGGAGCACGAUUCAAGUCGUAGAGCUAAUUUUCUUUCUCCCUCUCAACCUUAUCCCAUACGUUGGGACCUUCGCCUUUAUUGUGAUAACGGGAACUAGACUCGGGAAACUAUCGCAUCACCGCUGGUUCCAACUACGAGGUUUGUCGAAGGCAGCACAGGCGUGUGAAAUAAAGGCGCUUGAAUGGGAAUACAUCUGGUUUGGGACCGUAGCCAUGAUUCUUGAGCUCAUACCGGUGCUGUCCUUCUUCUUUCUCCUAACUACGGCAACCGGUUCGGCUAUGUGGGCGGCAGACUUGGAGAAGUCGAGGAGAAGCGAGGCGGAAUCCGACGCUAGGCAAGGCACAGCAUCUCGAUAUACAGAUGACUUUGCGUAG